CCCUUUCAAUACUUCCAGAGGAACCACACCCAUGGAAUCAAGGAACCAAACCAGCGCAUCCGAAUUCAUCCUCCUCGGCCUUUCAGAAAAGCCAGCGCAAGAGACCCUUCUCUUUUCCCUGUUCCUCUGCAUGUACGUGGUCACAGUGGUGGGGAACCUGUUGAUCAUCGUGGCCAUCAGCACAGACCCCCAGCUCCACACGCCGAUGUAUUUCUUCCUGGCCAACCUCUCCUUGGUUGAUUUCUGCCUGGCCACCGACACCGUCCCCAAGAUGCUCGUGAACAUCCAAACCAGAAGCAAGUCCAUCUCUUACCCUUGCUGUCUGACCCAGAUGUACUUUUUCCACUUCUUUGGCAUCAUGGACAGUGUCUUAAUCGCUGUGAUGGCUUAUGACAGGUUCGUGGCCAUCUGCCACCCCUUGCACUACACCACCAUCAUGAGCCCGGGCCUCUGUGGCCUGCUGGCCGGUGGUCCGUGGGUGUUUUCUUGUUUCGUCUCCUUCACCCACAUCCUCCUGAUGACCCGCCUGGUUUUCUGUGGCAGCAACGAGCUGCCCCACUACUUCUGCGACCUCACUCCCCUUUUCCGACUCUCGUGCACGGACACGAUGGUGAAUAGGGUCUUUGUGCUCGUCAUGGCAGUGAUGGUGAUAGCCACACCCUUCAUCUGCAUUUUGGCCUCCUACGCUCGCAUCAUCGUGGCCGUGAUGAAGGUCCCCUCUGCAGACGGCAGGAAGAAAGCCUUCUCCACCUGCAGCUCCCACCUGUCCGUGGUUGCCCUCUUCUACGGGACCACCAUCGGGGUCUAUCUUUGUCCCUCUUCCGUCCGCACAGCUGUGAAGGAGAAAGCCUCUGCCGUCAUGUACACGGCGGUCACCCCCAUGCUGAACCCCUUCAUCUACAGCCUUCGGAACAGAGACCUGAAGAGAGCCCUGAGGAGGCUCGUCAACAGAAAGAUCGCCUCCUCUUCCUGACCUCGAGGUCGCUGGGGGAACCUCCAGAGAGUAGAAUCUAAACAUCUGGGGGUCUUGGGCUAACGU